ACAAACAAAAGAUCGAGCCUAGCCGAGCUUAUUUUACUUUGUCGAUCCGUCUGCUUCAACCUCAGUAGUUCCUUUGCUCCCMACGCAGACCUGUUCAUCUGUGUUCCAGCUACUUUUUCUCGGAGCGUAUGCGGCAGAUAUUGUCCUUCUGUUGUCACUAUUCGUGGCUGUGUGUCAGCUAGUGUCAACCUGAGCCAUUUCAGAGAUCGCUUUGCCUUUGCUGGCCGAGCUAAAACACGUUAGCCAGGWUAGCUGCAGGCUAACCAGCUCUGGCUGCCUCACUGCGACCAGCGAAGCCAGUUAGCUUAGCCUGCUAGCUAGCUAGCUUUGCUACGACACCCUUUAAAAACUUGACACCGACUGACUCCAGUCGGUGGUUCUGGCUUGUUACCGACAAGCCGCCCUCACUGAAAGCUGCGUCGUAGCCAUGUCUGGACAAUCGACGGGCUGUGGGUUUCUGAUGUCGGUUGUAGUCCAUGGAGACUCGGCUCUGAACGAGCAGGAAAAGGAGCUCAACCAGCGACUUCGACGACUCUAUCCAGCAGUUAACGAAAACGAGACCCCGCUUCCGCGGUCCUGGAGCCCGAAGGACAAGUUCAGCUACAUCGGGCUGUCUCAGAACAACCUCCGUGUGCACUAUAAAGGUCAUGGCAAAACCCCCAAGGAUGCGGCGUCCGUACGGGCCACCCACCCCAUCCCAGCYGCCUGCGGGGUCUACUACUUCGAGGUGAAGAUUAUCAGUAAAGGCCGUGAUGGCUACAUGGGAAUCGGCCUUUCAGCUCAGGGUGUAAAUAUGAACAGACUCCCUGGUUGGGACAAGCACUCUUACGGGUACCACGGAGACGACGGCCACUCCUUCUGCUCGUCUGGCACCGGGCAGCCCUACGGACCCACGUUUACAACAGGCGAUGUGAUUGGCUGCUGCGUGAACCUCAUUAACAACACCUGCUUUUACACAAAAAACGGGCACAGCCUAGGUAUCGCCUUCACAGACUUGCCACCUAACUUGUACCCGACCGUGGGCCUUCAGACUCCAGGGGAGGUGGUGGACGCAAACUUUGGCCAGCACCCGUUUGUCUUCGACAUCGAGGACUACAUGCGAGAGUGGAGGACAAAGAUUCAGGCUCAGAUCGACAGAUUCCCCAUCGGAGAGCGUGAGGGCGAGUGGCAGUCCAUGAUCCAAAAGAUGGUGGCUUCGUACCUGGUGCACCACAGUUAUUGUGCCACAGCCGAAGCCUUUGCCAAAUCCACCGACCAGGCCGUGCACGAGGAGCUCGCCUCCAUCAAAAACCGACAAAAGAUCCAGAAGUUGGUGUUGUCAGGUAGAAUGGGUGAAGCCAUCGAGACCACCCAGCAGCUCUACCCCAAYCUCCUGGAAAGAAAUCCAGAUCUCCUCUUUAUGCUCAAGGUGAGACAGUUCAUAGAGAUGGUGAAUGGGACGGACAGUGAGGUGAGGUGUCUCGGUGGACGCAGCCCAAAGUCUCAGGACAGUUACCCCGGCUCCCCCCGGCCCUUCAGCAGCCCCAGCCACAAAGCCAGCGGCUCCCAGCCCUACCUCACAGGGUUUGACAGUAACUGCUGUAAUGGCGUGACGUCUAAUAAGAGCCACAGCUCCUCCCCUCACAGUCACAAGCCCUGCCCCCCGGGCUCUGGCUCCRCCCUCCAGGGGUCUGACGUUAGCCUCAACGGGAGCCGCAGCCAGCAGCCCAUUACCAGUAACGACGUGGACAUGGAGGUGGACCACUUCACUAAUGGAGUGACAGAAUCCUCCUCCAAUGGUUUCCUGAACGGCACCUCCAAACACGUCACAGAGCCCGACGACUGUGAUGCAGACAUGGCCAACAUUGAAAAUGGACAUGAACUGUCUGCAGAGGUGGAGUCGACCCAGUCCAAGAGGCAGCUGUGCGGCGGGAGCCAGGCGGCCAUCGAGAGAAUGAUCCAUUUCGGCAGGGAGCUCCAGAGUAUGAGCGAACACCUCCGCCGGGAGUGUGGCAAGAACUCAGCCAACAAGAAGAUGUUGAAGGUACGGCAGCAGCCUCAAUAACCCGUGUCUGUGUUGAGAGAUUUAAUGUUCAACAUGUUAUUUAUAUGUGAGCCGUCACAUCGAAACCAGGAUUAAGUCUAAAAGUUGUCUGUGGAGAAACAGGCAGAUGUAGAGCUUCAAUUUUGUUGAAAUAUAACGAAUAAAUGUGUUAUCAAUGUA